CGUAAAUAGCGCACUUCUAUUGGGAAACAGUCCGAUUUGCUCUCUUCCCCAAAAUAUUGAGUCAUCCACAUCCGAAUUGUGGCCGCACAGAAGAAUUCUCCACACGCGACGUCCUGAAUUCCCAAUGAGAUUCAUUGUCUUCCGUGCGCGCUUUUUUUGGGCCUCAGAAUAAGUGACAUCAUGGCGAACAGUUAGAUGAAAUAAAUCGCACUUUAUGACACAAUUUGGGCUUCGACAGGCAUUUUAUGGUCACUAAGAUGCGUGUCAGGUCAAAAGUCAAUUGGAGUGUAAAAGGAUUUAUGCCGAAUUAGGCAGAAGGCAAGGCCUUCUCGAAAGGGAGCGGUCAGUCUUUCGAGAGCAUGCGGUCAGAGUGUGUGGUGGUGCUGUUGCUCCUGGACGCGCUGGAGGGGCGCUUCGUGGCCCUGGAGAAGCCCUGUGGCCACGUGCCCACCUUUGUGCUCAUGGACACUCUGGGGCCGGCGUUCAACUACCGCUACAUGCGCUUUGAGAGCCCCAAAGUCGCCGAAGAGGAUCCAGACGACGACCUCAAGAGAGACGCACUCAACAGUUAUGACUCAUUCUACGUCACGGAAUCCUUCACGCACGAGAUCAACAGAGAGCCUGCAUGGUCAGCGAAUGCCACUAACUUCGUGCCAAAGCCGAGCCAGAACAACAGCCGCGUGUCGCCGCGGCCCGUGGUCAGAGCCAGGAGAUCUGUGGAUCCGCAAACCUGGUCGUGCGACGCGAAAGUGCGCUGGCAGGACCUCGGGCCGGACUACUUCCCGCGCUACCUGCGCUCCGUGGAGUGCGUGCAAGCGCAGUGCUACUACGGCCACUACGACUGCCGGCCGCGCUCGUUUGCCGUGCGCCUCCUGCGGCGUCGGCGGGGCGAGUGCGCCCUGCUGCAAGAGGCGCCCGUGGACCUGUGGGUGUGGGAGGAGCGCUCCGUGGCCAUGUGCUGUGACUGCGUCUUGCGCCAGCGAUCCUUUCUGUGACCAGAGGGACCAUAGACAGAGGCCUUAGUGACUAUGUGAUAGGAAUAAAGUG